AUGGAGCUCGCGAUGGCUGCGCUGAGCAGCCUCCUCCCCAAGCUGGGCUCCCUUCUCCUCGACGAGUACAAGCUACACACGGCGGUGCGGGGGGAGAUCAGGUUCCUGCAGGCAGAAAUGGAGAGCAUGCAGGCCGCCCUGUACAUGGUGUCCAACAAGCUGCCGGCUCACCACACCGACGAUCAUCUUGUCAAGAUCUGGGCAAGGGACCUGAAGGAGCUGUGCUACGACAUCGAGGACAGCGUCGACGCCUUCGCCUUCACAGUGCGGCUCGGCUUUCCUGGGUCUGGGUGUGCCACUGCCACUGCCACUGCCAAGAAGCAGCAUGGUUUCAGUUUCAGAAGGUUUCUUGACAGGACCAUGGGACUGCUAACUAAAGCCAAGAUCCGACAUCACAUCGCCGAGGACAUUCAGGACAUUAGGAGGCGCGUCCAGGAGAUCGCCGACAGGCGCGAGAGGUACAGGCUUGGCGAUUCUGCGACGCAGCCUGCAGAUACAUCAACGGCCAUCGAUCCUCGCCUGCCGGCAAUCUUUGAAGACGCAGCCGUGCUUGUCGGCACCGAAGGCCCCGCAGAGAAGAUCUGCAGCUUGCUCACGCGGGGGCAGAAGGGUGCGCAGAAGAAGCUGAUGGUUGUCUCCAUAGUUGGAGUUGGAGGCCUGGGUAAAACAACCAUAGCCAGUUUGGUGUACAAGAAGCUUGGUGACCAGUUUCAGUGCAAAGCUUUCGUCUCUGUGUCGGUCAGGCCCAACAUGAAGCAGAUUCUCAGCAGCAUACUACGGCAAGUUAGCAGAGAUGCGUGCUCUAAUGCGGGAGAGAAGGACCCUGAGGAACUUAUUAUGAAUAUCAGAGAAUUCAUCAUGGACAAGAGGUACUUGAUCAUAAUCGAUGAUGUAUGGAAUGAAAAAGCAUGGAACACCAUCAAAUGUGCUCUGAUUGACCAGGAUAAAGGUAGCAGAGUGAUUAUGACAACACGUAACAUCAACGUGGCUAAUUUGUCUUCUGUGGAUGGGGCAAUAUAUGAACUGGACCCUCUCUCUUACAAGGACUCCAAAAGGCUGCUUUAUAAGAGGAUAUUUAAUGAGGAAAAGGAAAUUCAUUAUGAACUAGAGGAUGUAACAGAAAAGAUUUUGAAGAAAUGUGGUGGAAUACCACUAGCUAUCGUUACUAUAGCUAGUUUGCUGGCUAGCAUACCAAACAAAGUAAAGUAUGAAUGGUAUGGUGUCUACAAUUCAAUGGGUUCUGGACUUGAGAAGGACAAGAGUCUUGAGAACAUGCGAGAGAUAUUGUAUCUUAGCUACAGUGAUUUGCCUUCUCAUCUAAAGCCUUGCUUACUGUAUUUGAGCAUGUUUCCCGAGGAUCAUGAUAUUUGCAGAGAUGAGUUGGUAAGGCUUUGGGUAGCAGAAGGUUUUAUUGAUGGGAAACAGGGUAGCAAUCUCUAUGACCUUGGAGUGAGGUAUUUCAAUGAGCUUGUCAACAGAAGCAUGAUUCAGCCGGUUGACAUGGAUGAACAAGGCAGCGCGAGAUUUUGUCGAGUACAUGAUAUGAUACUUGAUCUCAUCAUUUCUCUUUCAACUCGAGAGAAUUUUGUCACUAUAUUAGAAGGUUCAUGCCUCGUACCUCCAGAGUUAAAGAUUCGAAGAUCUUCACUGCAAGGCAAGGUACUUGGCGACCAAACAGAAAUCAAGGAAGAACAAAUGAUGAUACUGCCAGCAACAGUAAACAUGUCCCAUGCCAGGUCACUCGUUGUUUUUGGCGAUGCGGUUCAGUGGAUGCCACCUCUGUCAAGGUUUUCAGUUCUUCGUGUUUUAUCUUUGAUGGGUGUUCCUGGCAGUGUUAAUCAUCAUCUUGAGGAUCUAGAGAGGUUGCACAACUUGAGAUAUCUACAGUUAGGUGGCCAGCUUGAAACAGGGGUUCUACAAGGGAUUGGAAAGCUAAAGCUUCUAAAGACAUUGGAUGUGUGGGCUACGUCUAUUGGACAACUCCCAGCAAGUAUUGUUGAGCUAGGACAGCUUGAACGUCUGUUAAUGUACAAGGGAUUGAAACUUCCUGAUGGGAUUGGAAAUCUAACUUCCCUGCAAGAGCUGUCGGUGCUCGACGCGGACAAAUCACCACACACUCUAGCUGAGCUAGGUAAGCUUACUGAACUACGGGUGCUGACCAUAUAUGGAUUAGGAGGAAAUGAGAGUAGUUCUAGGGAGAUCAUUUUGCAGAGUUUGUCUAACCUAGGCAACCUUCGGAUUCUACAAUUUGAAGAUGAAGAAGGGCAAUAUUCCCUAGAUCUAGAUGGCAUGUCGCAUCAAUGGAGGGCCCCUGCACAUCUCCAAUGCUUCAAAGGAGGCUAUGUGGUCAUGUCUCAGUUGCCACAGUGGUUUUCUUCCCUAUCUGAACUCUCUUGUCUAUCCAUCAAGGUGAAGGUUCUAAGGCAGGCUGACCUCCGACUGCUUGGAGCUUUGCCCAUGCUACGCUUCCUUGAGCUACUAGGUUUUUAUGGUACCGCCAGUGAAGAGCUGGUGGUUGGUGCUGAUCAGCCCUUCCGCUCUCUAGUAGAGUUCAAGUUUGCGCACUAUACAAGAGACUGGCUGGUGUUCACACAAGGCGUGAUGCCCAAACUUCAAAGGCUCAAGUUAUUCUGUAGCGCACGGAGCAGAUAUGCUGGUGGUUUUGAUAUUGGCCUGGAGAAUCUGGCUUGCCUGAAACAUGUCGCUGUCAAGGUUAUCUAUAGAGGUGCUCAGAUCUGGCACACAGAUAUUGUGGAACACAUGAUCACGGUUGCAAUUAAGCUGCACCCCAACAAUCCAACUUUUGAGCUAUCAAGAGUGCAUCAGUAUAAUAAUAACGUCAACUCCGCGUCUGUUGACUUCAGUGGGAGCGGGGCAUCCAUGGACAUUGUGGUGUCCAGCGUCAGAGCUUACCUGAGCGCCCUGAACAAGAUUUGCAGUUUUGCUGGCGCCGUGAAAGCCAGCAGCGAGCUUGUACUAUUGUAUACGAGAAAGGGUGCCAGCGAGUAUAUACGACAUGUGUGGUUCCACGAGUCUCGUAAUGCCGCCGACCCAUGGAUCACCCGCUCCGUCGUCCUCUGCGGCGGAGAGGCAUCGACGUCGUCUGUGCUGACUCCAGUUCAGCCUGUGGCGCCGGCGUCGGUGCCGGUAGCAAAUCCUGCAAGCCUUGCUGAAGUGACUCCGCUACGGACUGUCUCUCCAACGACGAUGGUGACGCCUGAUCAGCAGAAGACGUACAUGCAUGAUCCCUUGUUGAUAGAAGAAAUUGUGCCCAAUGAAGAGCUGCGUUUUGAGAGCAGAGAUGAAGCAGAGGAGUUUUACAAGUUCUAUGCGAGUAAGGCAGGAUUCGACGUGCGCAUAACCAAGACUAGGAAGACAGUUUUGGAGAUGAGUUGCAAUAAACAAGGGCAUUGGGAUUAUUAUAAGCCCGGUGAGGAGAGAGUUGGAGAGAAAAUGUCAAUGAGGUGUGAAUAUGAAAUAAGAGGACCUAAAGUUCCUGCGGUCGAUGAAGUAGUGGCAAAUGAUACUGAAGAGGAUCCUCAUUCUCCUGCAAUUGGAAAAGACACACUAAUUUUGGAAUGUGCGCCGAAGGGUGCUAGUACAAAGGGGAGGAAGCGCAAAGGGAAACAGAUAGUCCGAGUUCAGACUUCUAACAAGAAAGCAGUGGGGGUACGGAAUUGUGGCCAUUGUGGAUUGAAAGGUCAUUAUAGUACAAGUUGUGAAUUAAACCCAGACAAUGAAUGGAAGAAAAGUGGUUCCAGUGGGAGUUUGCGUGGCAAGAUGGGGAAGAAGAGGGGGAGACCACCCACAAAAAGGCAACUAGAGGAGGAGUUUGAUGAUGUUGCAUGA